AUGUUUAUUUGCAUGACCCAUAACAAUAGAAUCCAAGAGUAUUUAACUUUUAACAUAGAGUAGGGGUGGGGAGAUAAUUGGAGAUACCUGAAUAAAUAAGACCUGAAUCUGUUUCACACUGCACAAAUAAAACCUACCUCAAUUUUCUUCUUCUCUUCCUCCACAGAAUUCCCAGAGGAAAAUGGCAGCAGGAAAUCACUCCACAGUGACUGAGUUCAUCCUCGCGGGGCUAACAGACAAACCAGAGCUCCAGCUUCCCCUCUUUCUUUUCUUCCUAGGAGUCUGUAUGGUCACAGUGGUGGGGAACAUGGGCAUGAUCACACUGAUUGGGCUCAGUUCUCACCUGCACAUCCCCAUGUACUAUUUCCUGAGCAGUUUGUCCUUCAUUGAUCUCUGUUAUUCCACUGUCAUUACCCCCAAAAUGCUGGUGAGCUUUGUGACAGAGAAGAACACCAUCUCCUACCCUGAAUGCAUGACUCAACUCUUCUUAUUCAUUUUUUUUAUUGUAUCAGAAAGUCAUAUGUUGGCUGUGAUGGCAUAUGAUCGCUAUGUUGCCAUCUGUAACCCAUUGCUUUACAAUGCCGCCAUGUCUUAUCAGGUCUGCUUCUGGUUGGUAGUUGAGGUAUAUAUGAUGGGUUUGAUUGGUGCCGCAGUUCACACAGGUUGCAUGCUAAGAGUGGUUUUCUGUAAGGCUAAAAUAAUCAACCAUUACUUCUGUGAUCUUUUUCCACUACUGGAGCUCUCCUGCUCCAGUACUUAUAUCAAUGUAGUGGUACUUUUGUGCCUCAGUGUAUUUAAUAUUCUUGCACCAACCUUGACUAUCUUUGGUUCCUACGUCUUCAUCAUUGCCAGCAUCCUGAGAAUCCACUCCACCGAGGGUAGGUCCAAAGCCUUCAGCACGUGCAGUUCCCACAUCUUGGCUGUUACACUCUUCUAUGGUUCUGCAGCAUUCAUGUACCUGCAGCCAUCAAAUGUCAGCUCCAUGGACCAAAGCAAAGUGUCUUCAGUGUUUUACACCAUUAUUGUGCCAAUGCUGAACCCCCUGAUCUACAGCCUGAGGAAUAAGGACGUCAAAGUUGCUCUAAAUACAAUCAUUGAGAAGGGGCUAUUUUGCAUUAGCAAAGAUUUCUAAUUCUUGGAGAAGAUUCAAUAAGGAAGGAAUCCAGAGACUGCAACAUAUAUAUACAAGUAGUGAGAUUACUGCCAAGCCUUGAUUAUUUGGAAGAAAGGUCCCAAGUAUAGGAGUGGAUUCAUAAUGUCACAUGGAGGGCAGUGUCAAUUCUAGGAAGUCCCAGAGGUCACCUGUAGUAACCCAUUUUACCAUUUAUCAUUUUUCUUAAAUAAAUCUCCAAAGUUCUUUAUGUAGGGAAUUAUAAUUUAGAUAUAUGGGAAAUAGCACUUUGUUAGAUAAAGCUUACCUAUUCAUAGAAAGAUCCAUUUGGUCCGUAUCCUUUAAUCUUCUUAAUAUUUUGUGUUUUGGCUCUUGUUUACUAAUAAGUGUACAAAUAAACUCUUCUGAAAAAAGUUAUCUCUAAAACAAAUAAUUUUUAAUCAUUUGACAUCUAUAAAAUUCAAUCCCUACUGGUGACUAAGUGCAGAGAACUAUAGUAGAAAUAUGGGGACAGAUGAUGGAUAAGACAUGAUUCCUGCCCACAGGAUGAUAACUCUGUGGUGGAAGAGAUUGAUAGACUCAUCAGGGCUGAAUACAU